GAUGCUUCGAGGCUCCCAGCCGGUCCCUGGAGCCCGAGGUGUUCCUGGCAGAGGGAAACGGUUACUUCCUAGCAGCUGCUGCGGUGCGCAGCUCCUGCCACACCGUCAGGAGGCUGUUCUGUGCGAGCCUUCAGUCAUCAAACUGAAGAAACAUUUCCACCACCACUUACAAGGGGCCCUCACACUCCCUUGAGGGUUGACCAGCUGUCCCAAUGGGAUUUUUGCUAAGUAAAGCUGCCACUCAUCCAUCUGCUAUGCUGGCGGAUUCAGAAGUGAACCAUCACUUAAUGCAAGGAGCUGAGAAGCAUGGAUUGGAACCAGUGACUCGGUUAUUUCAAAACACCAAGAAAAUAAAGUUAGAAGACACAAACCAAGAAAACUUCACGAGGAAGGAAGGGAUUGACAGAGGAUGGAAUGGAAUGGGCUACGUGAAGGAAAACGAUGGCCUAGUAAUAACAGAUUUGGAAUGAAGACACCUGGACAUAUUGCCAAAGAAAUCAAAAAUUGCUUUUGAUUAGAAGAUGUGUUCAAUGUAGCUGAAGUCCAUUAGGAAGUGUAACAAAA